UGUACAGAUGUUGUAGGAGCUGCCCACUGAAGCACUCUGAGUUAGGACUGUCAUUUGAUCGGAUUUUGAUCUAGCUGUAUGUAGGCCUUGGGGAACUUCAGCUUACAGCUCGAUCAGUGUUCCAGGUUGAGCUGUCAUGAUGGCGGACCACACUGACGUCAGUCUGCAGCCGGAGGAGCGAGUCCGCGCCCUGACCAAGAAGGGAAGCUCAGUGGAGGUUAAUGAUGAUGUGCCCCCGCGCCGCUACUUCCGCUCUGGCAUGGAGAUGAUCCGCAUGGCUAACAUCUACACAGAGGAAGGCAACAUUGAGCACGCCUUUGUCCUUUACAAUAAAUAUAUCACGCUCUUUAUAGAAAAACUUCCCAAGCAUCGGGAUUACAAGACCGCAAACAUUCCUGAGAAGAAAGACACACUAAAAAAACUGAAGGAUGUGGCCUUUCCUCAAGCAGAGAUUCUGAAAAAAGCUCUUUUGAGGAGAUUUGACCAAGAGUAUGCACAGUAUCUCGUCAAAAAGAAAGCGGAGGAGGAGACCUUGGCGAGGGAGCAGUCCCGGCAGCGAGCGCUGGACGCAGAGCGGGAGCGCGUCGCCGAGAUGCAGCGGCGGCAGCGGGAGCAGGAGCAGUUCAGUGCCUUCGAGGAGAUGAUCCGCCGCCAGGAGCUGGAGAAAGAACGCCAGCGCGUGCUCCUGGAGUUCGCCACGCCCGUCACACCCUCCCCUGACACGCCCCUCAUUCCAGGCAUCCAGGGCCCCUCGCUGGUCUCCCCCACCGCCCCACAGAGCCCACAGGACCUGUCUGGCGGCAACAACUACCAGUACGAUCACCCUCCUGCAAACAUCAGCACACCUGGCACCGGCCCGCCCAGCUUCGACCGGUCGCUCAAGCCCGGGUCUUUGGUCAGCCCGGGGAACAACAAUACAAUGGUGGAUGCCCUUCAGCAGUUGGCUGUUCCCGCUGAGCUGUGCCGGAGCUUUCUGAGGCUGGCUGAGGCCAACACAAGCCGAGCUGUAGAAACUUGCGGCAUCCUGUGUGGCAAACUGACCAGAAAUGCAUUUACCGUGACUCACGUCAUCGUACCAAAGCAGUGCGGAGGGCCGGACUAUUGUGACACAGAAAAUGAGGAGGAACUCUUCCUCAUACAGGACAAGUACGAUCUCAUCACCCUGGGCUGGAUACAUACUCAUCCCACACAGACGGCUUUCCUGUCCAGCGUCGACCUCCACACACACUGCUCCUACCAGAUGAUGCUGCCGGAGGCCAUUGCCAUCGUCUGCUCGCCUAAGUUCAAUGAAAUCGGCUACUUCAGGUUGACGGAUCGAGGAACAGAGGAGAUCUCCACAUGUAAACAGAAAGGCUUUCACCCUCACAGCAAAGACCCCCCUCUAUUUACACACGCGGGACACGUCACCAUCACCGACGACACUGUGUCCAUGGUGGAUUUGCGGUGAUCCCCCCACACACACUUUUUCACCAUAGACUGUUUUAUCAGACUGCAGACAUUUUACAGGAGGAAACACUCAUAUUAUUUGCAGGAUGAUACCGAGCAAAUGCCCGCCACAAGUUUACCAUUUAUAUGGACUUCAGUUGUUCUCAAAGAGAACAACAUUGUGAACCUUUUGUUUUUUUUGGGGGGUGGGGUGGGGGGUUGUGGCUCUUAAAGAAAAAUUCUGCAUAUUGUUCUUCUCAAACAAACAACUACUAUCCGCUUCAUGGACUGGCAAACCUCCGGCUCUUGGACUCCUCUGUUUUUGUCAGUAUAUGCUCUAGCUCCAAACUGUUCUACUUUUGUUUUUGCCAUUAAUAAAAAAGUCUGUUUGUCAGUGACAGAUAAGUGUCUGGUAACCCAACCUUUCUUUCAUAAUUGUCAUCAAAGUUUGGUUCUGCCUGACAGAUAAAGUGCCAAGGACGAGAACAUUUACAUGUCGAGUUGUUCAUUGUGAAGUUCAUGAAGUUCAUGUGGAGUCUAUUGUUUGUAAUUAUGUCUUGUUCUUUCGACCUGGUUUCCUACAUACGCUGUUGAAGUGCUAUGAGUGCUGAGAGACAGGAAAGCCAGUUGUAACUCAGGUAUGCAGGCAGUGUUGCUGCUCUGUAUUAUAUUUUUAUAUACAAACACUAUCACUCCACUAUCCUUUAUAUAUGAAGGGUUUUGUUUGAAGUUUAAUUUGUGCUUAUAAUGGAUCCACCUUUACAUGUUCUGAUUUCCUCUCUGUGUUUCGUGUGGAAAGGGGUUGGUAGUACCUGUAUAAUGUGUCCAUGCUUCAGGGGGUACGUGUGCAACAGGCAAUCUGUACCUUCUGCUACACAUUACUACACAUUACUAACCACCUGGCCAUGGUUCAUGCCUCUAGUCAUUUUUGUUUUCUCCAUUCUCUUGUUAGAAGAAGUAAAUCAUUAGCCAUAAUUGUGGAAAUACCCUCAAUGAAUGAAAUGCCAAGAUAAAAUAAAUGCAUUGUAGA